CAUCCGUAACGAACAGGCUGGGUUCCAUUUCAGGUCUGCGUACGGAAGGUGCCUGUUAGUCGCACCAGGGAAGAUAAAUGCAGAGCCCCAGACCUGCUCACUUCCAGCCCGUUUGGGUAAAAGGAGUUUGCUGUCUCCCUGCCAAUUGUCCCCCCCCUUCAGAAACAGCAUCACUGGGCAGAAGCAUCUCCCUUCCCACAACCCUUGCAUGUCCUGUACAAGUCACAUUUCACCUGGGAGAGAAACAGACACUCCUCUGCUUCUGGGCACGUAUCCUUUCCUAUUCCUCCCCCUCCAAAUCCGGGGGGGGGGCUCAUUACACUACCCCAAAGAUCAGUGGUUGUUCCCAGUGGCACAAAGGUGGCCACCCUGGGUCCACACACCUCUUCAGCAAGGCCUGACAGCUGGACCCAGUAUGCUUUGUAAACUGCUAAGAGGUUUUCCACAAUCAAGUGGUACAUAAAUCUGUGAAAUUAAAUAAACACAUAAAUAAAUAAAAGGGACAAGACUAGGAGGAAGGCCCCACAUGCAACCUCUCCUAGGUUCUCCUGGGGUGGGGUGGGGAACAGGGAGCCAGUGGAAUGAAAAUCAGAGUGCUUCUAAGCAUCUCCCUCUUGGGAAAGCUGUUUAUGCAGCAUGUGGAGGCAAGAGAAUGCGUGGGCAAUGGAAACAGAUACUGACAGCAUGUAAGGGACUCACACCCUUCAUCUGCUCUGUCCUCAACCUAGCCUGAAAAUCUGCCCCCCCCAUGACUUUGCCACACCUUCUCCGUGCCGUUCCACCUCAAAGGAUGGAGUGUGCUAAUACUCCAUCUCACCCACCUCCCACUAUGGCCUCCCUGCUCUGCUAAGGAGGACAGCUGAAGAAAAUGCCCCAGAACACCCCAGCUGAUGUUCUUCCCCCCCACCUUUUGCACAGGAGAAUCCAGCAGCAGAGAGGUCAAAAUGGCACCAAGCAGCCUGUCAGGCCUCUGCUCUGGGAUACCGAGGGAGACCCCUGCUCCAGUCGGGCUCUCCUCCGCUGUAGGGCUCCUGAGGAGGCAACUGCAAGCCAGACAGGGAGAUCCGCUCCACUUCAGUGCCACCCAGCUGCUCCAGGAGCCAGACGUCAAGCAGCCUUGCGGGGGAGCCUGCCGCUCACCAAGCGCCCCAGGCCAGGGGAUACCAGCAGCAAGGUGGGAGCCACACAGGGGUCUCUCUUGCAGACAGCGUCCCCCUCAGGGACUGGCACAGGAAUGUCCCAGGGAACAUACAGGCGACAGGUGGCGGUGCCUCUUUUCUGCGCCACCGCCCCACUCUCUCAGCCAGCAGCCCAAGGAUUUUGCCCCGGCCAGGUGGGGCUUCUUGCCCAGUGAAGUCUUCCUUAUGUCAGCACAGUUUGGCAAAGACAGAGGGGCACAGCCAGGGCUGCACCUGACCCCCAAUAUCUGCAUCUUGACCUUGGCCAUGAUGAUUGCUGGCAUCCCCACAGUCCCCGUGCCAGGGGUGCGCGAGGAAGACAUGAUUCAUGCUGCUCAGUGUUUCAUGGCAGAGAAACUGGAGCCUGCAGAACUGCAAGGGGAGGCAGCCCACAGGAGGAGGAGGAGGAGAUGGGCUUCAGUGCAGCGCCUGGGGCCGUCCAGCAAGAGGGGGCAGAGGCAGCGGAAGAGGGCAACCCACAGGGGCCUCCUGCCUCUGUUUCUAGAACAGCUGGAGAAGUAAGAGGAGGGGAGAGACGCUCUGCAAGAGACUCAUGAUUCUGGUUUGAAAAGCCUACAUAAAAGUUUGCACAAAUGAAGUGCUGUGCUAGUCUGUCCUUCCAUUUCAGUAACCAGGUUUUUGGCCACAUGCCCUGCCCCCACCCUGACCUCCAAAAGCCUAACUAGAAUUUGCCCCAGACAGAAAAUGGGGUGGUUAUACAGCUAGGCUCCCUGGGACAUAGUGGAAGGUGUAACACAGCGCUCUCUGCUCAUGUCCCAAACUGCAGCGCUUGCCACUUCCUGCAGCCACGGCCCAUCUCCCCUCACGGCGUCUCCCACAGGUCUUGCUGUGUCCUUCCUCCACCACAGUUUCCAGUCUGACACAACACACAACUGGGUGCUUCUGCCAACUCUGGCACUGGCUUGCUGCCUGGCAGAGUACAGGAGGCCAGAACUAGCCAAACUGCUCCUGUGUACACUUGCAGAGGUGCCCCACCCUGUUUCCUCACUAGAGCAAGAAUGAUAAUUAAUGGCUGAUACUGAGAAAUGACAAACAGGAAAGACUCAUUUACUGACAACCUGGGACUUUACCAAAGAAAGCCAUGCUCUUGAUGGGAUAUUUGGGGGGGGGGGGGCUUUUAAUAAUUAAAGGGAAUAGGACAGCAGGAGUGGGGGAGGCCAGGCCAUCUUUGCUGUGCAGAAUUGGGGACACACUGGUGCCUUUGAGCAAUAGUAGUGGAGAGAGGCGAGGGGGGUCGAGCUUCACAGGAUCUCGGGCCAGUGACCAACCACAGUUCAUGUCAGGCAUGCCCCGGCCCUCUUCUGAGUUGUCUGCAGAGUCCCACACAAAAGCACAGGUUUGCGUGUAAAUGCACCAUCUUGGACUGUGCAUCAAUGCUACUCUCACAAAGACACUCAGAUCACAAUGAAACAUUAACCUUAUGUUUCUAACUCUUCUGUGGAGACCACAGCUAGAAGACUGCUUCUGCGGGGAAGAAGCUAGGCAGAAGGGUCUGCUCCCAGGACAAGGACCAGAUGCCCCAGACCUUAAUUAUAACUUCACCUGCACGUAAGGCCCAAUCCAGCUAUCAGCCAGUUCACGAAGGGUGCUGUACCUGCGAUCAAACUCCUCGUGGCUACACUGGCUCAGAAGCCGACUGAUCUCCACAGUUAGAAAUGACACAGCCAGGUACUUAUCUAACAACUCAUCCCAUGAACUCCUCAGGACCUCCAGCAGGCCAUCAGUGCUGGUCUGCCCUGUUUGAGAGACGCCAUGCCCCUUGCGCCACCGCACAGGGAUCCUCUCUGGCUCGACAUCCUUCCCUUUUGAGUUCAGCACAGCCAGGACAUGCCUGCAGGGCAGCUGGAAUGUUUGGCUGAAGUGGCAAGUGCAAUUGUUGAGACCCUUGAGGCGCACAACCUGGGCAUCUUCCAGGAGCUGUAUGUUGACAGUGUCUUCAUUGGUUCCCAUCAAGUAUACAGAACUUUGGACAACUGCAAGUUCAUUCAAGCACAGCCUGGCUGCAGGAUCUGUACAGAUGUCACUCAGUGACUGCUUGAUCUGCUGUUCAGCCUCUUCUAAAGUGAUCUCUAUCUCUUGCUUGCAAGCUGGAUCUUCAGCAGCAACCUCUGCCUUUUGCGUCAGAGGAUUCUGUGGGGCUGUUGGAGGAGGAUCCCGAGGAAGGAGGGGCCUCUGAGAGUUCACAGCAGAUGAGUUAAGUACCAGCAGGUUCUGAACAGAGGAGAUAUUCCCACUGAGCAGGGUGGCUGGGCAUGGCACAGUCUCCAAGGAGCUCUUCAGAACACCCUUCUGGUAAUUCUUUGCUAUGCUGGUGAUACAGGUAUCCAGGGAUGGCCCUAAGCAGUAGACUUGACUUAAGCUGUGCGUAAUCAUCUCCAGAUCUUUAAAAUAUUGACUACAUUCCCCCCAGGUCCGCCAGCGGUGCAACGCCCAGAUCUUUUCAUUGAGCAACCAGUCUUUGUGGAGCUGGGGCAACAAGUUUGGUUUCACAAAGUCACUCAAGAUGGUGUACAUCUUUUUCAAGUUACUCUCGCUGGGGGCGCACAUAGCAUUCCUCAAGGCACUCAGGAUCAGCCUUUCCGUGUGGAAUUCCAGGGAGACCUGGUGGAUCUUGUGCUGCAAAUGUUUGCAUAUAUGGAAGACUGACAGUUGGACAUCUGCAGAGGGGAAUGCUUCUGACAGUGUUGGCAGCCACCGGAAGCGUGGAUCAACAAGGAAGGUCUUGAUCUGCUUCCAUUCAGGAUUGAAGGCCUUGAAGGUGUGGUACAUGUGAGCCAGGCCUUCUGCCGACUCCCUGGUGGGGACUGAAAAGUGAAUCACUUUGGUCAUCUCCCCUUCAAGCUUCAGGAAAGGCUUGUCCACCAUGAACACGUAGAGGGCCUUGCCCCAUGGGUUGUGUGUUCGAUGAAUAAGCACAACCUCCGGGUGAUUUAUGAAGACAUCCCUCAUUAGGAUAGUUUGAAAACUGAUGGACUCCAGCUGGGAGUUUUUGUCCAGCUGGUAAGCCACCAGUGAGCCACAGUCAAAGCUUAGUAGCUCCUUCACAGUGUCAAGGGCCAUCACUCCCCAGGGGCUGGAUGGACUCUCUUCUUGAACCUCUUUCUUGUAGAGCUUUUUCAGUGAUGCUAAUCAGGGAAAGAGUUGGUGUUUCUGCUGCUCUCAUGCAGGUGCUAAGAGCGAUCAAAGCUCAUCUCAGACUGCAGGGCCUAGUGGGAAAGAAAAAUGGUUAAACAAAGACAAUUUUCCCGAUGGGUGCUGCUGUUCUGGUGUGUUAGAUUUUAUCUUCAUUGUUUUUGAUUUUUAAUGCCUACGUAUUGUAUGCCUAUGUUGUACGUCGCCCAGAGUGGCUGGACAGCCAGCCAGAUGGGCGAUUAAUAAAUUCAAUUAAUAAUAAUAAAUAAAAGGAUGCCCAGAAUA